UGACGGUCACCGACCUGGAAGAGCUUCAGGAGCUGCUGAAGGUGAACAUAGAGAACAACAAGCACCUUGUCACAGGGUCAGUCCGAGCCAAGGGGCGAAGACGUAACAGAGUUUCAGCCUCCCCCCGAUUACAUCCUCAUGGCCGACUGCAUCUACUACGAGGAGUCCUUAGAACCGUUACUGAAGACACUGAAAGACCUCACUGGCCCCGAUACAUGUGUGUUAUGCUGUUAUGAACAAAGGACUAUGGGGAAGAAUCCUGAAAUAGAAAGAAAAUACUUUGAGUUGCUGCAGAGAGACUUUGAGUUGGAAAAAAUUCCUCUGGAUAAGCAUGAUGAGGAGUAUCGGAGUGAAGACAUUCAUAUCAUGAAUAUCCACAGGAAGCAAACGAAUUUUUCAUCGUGAGAUCUUUGACCACGUUAUGUAUCCUCUGGCAACUGGCUAGAGCUCUGGAGAGGAGGGGGAGACUAUUUAAUAACACCAUGAAGGGACUGUCUCCAGUGUGGUUUCUGAUUCAUCUACAGAGCAUCUUCUAGAUGGUGGGCUUGGCAGGAGGCACU